GAUAUUGACCGUCAGAAAGAACUCAAGUAGGACUCCUAAUCAAACACCGUAACUCGGGAAUGUUACUGAAUUAAAAGUGGUGGAUUUAACCAAACUGCUGCGCUGAAGUCUCACGAACAGCUACAUAACAAUCUUCCUGGUUGGUGAGGUUGAAACGAAUCGAGACAGCUAGCGAGGACUCAGCCCCAAGGAAAUCAGAGGGAAACCAGCCAGCGUUGUUGUGACAGGGUUAUACGACUACCAACAGGAGCCUCUUUCAUCGGUGCAGACACAUUUUUGCUUUUGUCAGUGAAGAAUCAUUGAAGGAAUACCAUUCGACUUUUGGGACGCAGGUCUCAGAGGUAACCUUAACAAUGGGAUUUCAGAACUACUGAAGAACCUUCACAAAAGAGAGGGAAGAGGGCAGGCAAAGAGAACAAAAGAAGAGCACUGAAGGAGCAGAAGCUUUGAAAAGAGGAUUUUUUUUUUUUUUUUGGGAGGGGGGGGCUCUGUGGGGUUUAUGCUGCCCCCUCAACUGGACAUCCUCUUUUGUUUGUGCGAGCGAAACAAAAGCAAGUAUGCGCAAUAAACCAAGAGAGUUCCGGGAAGUAGGCUGCCCCAUGCUGUGGCCAGGCAGAACUGUGGUGUUGAUGCUGCUGCUGGUGGCGAACAGGGCGCAGGCUGUCUGGCCCCAGGGACAGCUUGAGGUUCUGGGGGAUCUAGAGGCCUCCAUGCACUCCGCCGUACUCACAGACCUCCAGGAGGCGGCCUCGGCAGCAGCGGCCGUGUCACAGCCCGCCGGUUUCCCAGACUCCUCGGCAGUGGUGGGUCGGGUGUUCCAAAUGAGAGUCCCGAUGAAAAUAAAGGACUCCAUCAGCACAGUUAAGAUCACUGAGGCAGGCAAAGAUGUCCUGCCAGCAUGGCUACACUGGGAUCCAGACAGCAGCACACUUCAAGGCCUUCCAUUGGAGUCUGACAAAGGUGUCCAUUACAUAUCCAUCUCAAUUUCUAAUGGUAGCCAGGUCUCCCACAGCCCUGAUGUCUUCUCUAUUGAGGUACAUCCAGAGGAGCAUGCUGACACUGAUCCUAUUCAGUUAGCAAUUCAGGCAGCAAGCAAUGACGUUCAGCCUUUUGUCUGUGGUAAUGAAGAGCCUGUGACUGUGCUCACAGUCAUUUUGGAUGCUGACCUAACCAAAAUGACCUCCAAACAGAGAGUGGAGCUUUUAUCCAAAAUGAAAAAGUUUUCAAAGGUGGGGCUCCAGCACAUGAAAAUCCUACCUGUUGUCAACAACCGCUUGUUUGACAUGUCUGCCUUCAUGGCUGGGCCAGGGAAUGCCAAAAAGGUUGUAGAGAAUGGAGCUCUUCUGUCCUGGAAACUUGGAUGUGCUCUGGAUCAAAGCAGUGUUCCUAAUAUCAGUAGUGUUCAGACUCCAGCGAAAGAGGGAACCAUGUCAGCACAGCUCGGGUAUCCAGUAGUGGGAUGGCACAUAGCAAACAAGAAACCUCAUGUGCCUAAAAGGGUGAGGCGGCAGCUCAACAAUACCCCAACCCCUCUCCCUUCUGUUCUUCCCCCAACUACAUACCCUGAGCCCCCCAUCCGCAUUGUACCCACUCCCACAUCACCUUCUAUUGCACCCACUUCAGACAGUUCUGCACCACCUGUGCGAGGACCCGUACCUUUACCUGUAAAGCCCACGAUUCGCACCAGAGAUCCAAUUGCCCAUACACCAACAUUAGGACCUCCUCAGCCCACAAGAAUCAUGGACACAACCAGCACUAUUGCUAUUCAGCCCACAAUGACCAGGCCCAUAUAUAUUGGCCCAUCUGUAACUCAAGCAACACCUACAACUAGGAAACCAUCCAAGAAGGGAGACAAGAGCACACCUGCACCAAGGCAGCGUAAGACUACCACACCCAAGCCUCCCCCACCCAAGCCUCCCCGACGCACGACACCAUCAUCUGUUUUACCUGACAUGACUAACACUAAACCAGAACUGCGCAACCCUAUUGAUCAGGUGAAUGCAUGGGUUGGUACAUACUUUGAAGUCAAGAUUCCAUCAGAUACAUUCUUUGACAAGGAGGAUGGAACAACAGACAAGCUGAGGCUGACCCUGUGGAAAAACCGCAGUGAUAUGGUCGGAGAAGACUCUUGGAUACGGUUUAAUAGCACAAGUCAGUUGCUCUAUGGAUUACCAGACCGACAGCAAUUUGGCAAACACGAAUACUUUAUGUAUGCGACUGACAAAGGUGGUCUGUCUGCAGUUGAUGCCUUUGAAGUCCAUGUUAAUCAAUGGGGAAACAAUGAUAAGCCGCCAGUCCUGUUUGUUGCUCGUUUCCAAGGAGACCCACGCAUGAUUACCAACGAUGUCCAGAAGAAGAUUCUUCUUGUCAAGAAAUUGGCCUAUUCAUUGGGUGAUCGCAACAGCAGCUCAGUUACACUUAAAAAUAUCACUAAGGGCUCAGUUGUUGUAGAAUGGACUAAUAGCAGUCUCCAGCAAAACCCAUGCCCCAAGGAACUGAUCCAGGCUAUGAGUGCAAGGAUUUCAGAUCCUAAAGGCAUACCCACUACAGAGUUCAACAGAGCCAUGGAACCGGAGUUCAAACCACUGGAUAUUACUGUCAAAGGCACAGGAAGCUGUCGAAACUACAUGUUUGUACCACCAGGUGAAAGCACCACGCCAGAACCUGCUGCUGUGACGCCUCCAUUGGGCUCAGGGCGACAAAGUACAGACGAUGUUUAUUUGCAUACAGUCAUUCCAGCUGUUGUUGUGGCUGCCAUUUUGCUGAUUGCUGGCAUUAUUGCCAUGAUCUGCUACCGCAAGAAGCGAAAAGGCAAACUUACCAUUGAGGACCAAGCAACUUUCAUCAAGAAAGGAGUGCCCAUCAUCUUUGCAGACGAGCUGGAUGACUCCAAGCCCCCACCAUCAUCCAGUAUGCCCCUUAUCCUUCAAGAGGAGAAACCUCCUCUCCCACCACCUGAGUAUCCUAAUAUGGCCAGUCCAGAGACCACACCGUUAAACCAGGACCUUUUGGGAGAGUACACAGCCCUACAAGAUGAGGAUCCUAAUGCUCCUCCUUACCAGCCUCCACCACCUUUCUCUGCUCCCAUGGAAGGCAAGGGAUCUCGCCCCAAGAACAUGACCCCAUACAGAUCCCCACCUCCUUACGUGCCACCCUAAUGUUUGCUGAUGCCUCCAGUUUAGGAGGACAGGGAACUUAUGCAGUUCCAUGCCAGUGUUGUCUCUUUGGAAUAAAGGAUCUGGGAGGGGCACUGCCACUUGGGACGAUGGGUGGGGUGGGGCUGAUUUGUUAAAAAACUGGACUGAGAACUGAGGGGGAAACUAUACAGAAGUGUGCUAGAGAGGUCAGCAAGAACAGUCUAAGCCUCUCUAACUACUGCUGAUUAGUUGGGACAUACACCCCCACUGCUUUCUUGUCUAGAUGGGCUUUUUCUGUUUAUUUGUUUGAUUUUUGUUUUGUUUCUUUUUAUUUUGACUGACUUCAAAAUCACACAACUUGCCUAACAGCACUCUUUUUAUCUUCUUAAAUCUUUCUUUUAAAUAAUAAGAGAAGACAAUAAGUAAACUGACUGUUGGUGCAAAGGUUUCAUAGAGGAAAUCUAUGGGAAAACACACUCACUCACACACACA